AUGGCCGAGAGAAUUAGUUUCGGGGCUGUGAAGGUGUCACGACCUCAGGGUUCUCUCCCGCCCGAGCCCAUCGACAUCAUACGAAUAAAAGCCCGUUCCAGAAGAGCUCGCAUCAACGUGGGUGGACUGGUCCAUGAGGUUCUUUGGAGGACCCUAGACCGGCUCCCUCGCACCCGGCUGGGCAAACUCAGAGACUGCAACACCCACGACGCCUUGAUGGAGAUCUGUGACGACUACAGCCUGAACGAGAACGAGUAUUUUUUCGACAGGCACCCCGGAGCCUUCUCCUCCAUCCUGAACUUUUACCGGACGGGGAAGCUGCACAUGAUGGAGGAGAUGUGCGCCCUGUCGUUCGGCCAAGAGCUCGACUACUGGGGCAUAGACGAGAUCUACCUGGAGUCGUGCUGCCAGGCGCGCUACCACCAGAAGAAGGAGCAGAUGAACGAGGAGCUCAGGAGGGAGGCCGAGACUUUGAGGGAGAAGGAAGGAGAGGAAGAGGACGGUGGAUGCUGCCCAGACAAGAGGCAGAAGCUCUGGGACCUGCUGGAGAAGCCAAGCUCCUCCGUGGCCGCAAAGAUCUUGGCCAUCGUAUCCAUCCUCUUCAUCAUUCUUUCUACUAUUGCACUCUCUCUUAACACCUUACCUGAGCUACAAGUGACUGACGAGUAUGGAAACUCGAAUGACAACCCAACCUUGGCCCACGUCGAAGCUGUCUGCAUUGCUUGGUUCACAAUGGAGUAUCUCUUACGCUUCCUGUCUUCACCGAACAAGUGGAAGUUCUUCAAAGGGCCUUUGAAUGUAAUCGAUUUAUUAGCGAUCCUGCCCUACUACGUCACCAUUUUCCUGACGGAGUCAAACAAGAGCGUUCUGCAGUUUCAGAACGUCAGGAGGGUUGUGCAGAUUUUCCGGAUUAUGAGAAUUCUGAGGAUCCUGAAAUUGGCGAGGCAUUCCACCGGUCUGCAGUCUCUUGGGUUCACUCUCAGGAGAAGCUACAAUGAGCUGGGACUGCUGAUAUUGUUUUUAGCCAUGGGCAUCAUGAUCUUCUCGAGUCUGGUGUUCUUUGCGGAGAAAGACGAAGACGCGACAAAAUUCACCAGCAUCCCGGCUUCCUUCUGGUGGGCAACAAUCACCAUGACAACAGUUGGUUAUGGAGAUAUCUAUCCACAGACGCUGCUCGGUAAAAUAGUUGGUGGACUCUGCUGCAUUGCAGGUGUGCUGGUGAUUGCCUUGCCUAUCCCCAUUAUUGUGAACAAUUUCUCUGAGUUCUAUAAGGAACAGAAGAGACAAGAGAAAGCCAUCAAGCGAAGAGAGGCACUCGAGAGAGCAAAGAGGAACGGAAGUAUUGUGUCAAUGAAUAUGAAAGAUGCCUUUGCCCGCAACAUGGAGCUGAUGGAUGUUGUGGUUGACAAAACCGAGGAGAAAGGUACAGACAACCAUCUCUCUCCCAGUAGAUGGAGCUAUCAAAAGAAUGCUGACUUUAGCUCCAAGUCCUUUGAAGCUAAAUAUCAAGAAGUGGGUCAGCUGGGAUCUCCAGAGAGAAUCAAGGCAAGCAUGAGUCCACAACGCCUAAAUGCAAAAUCACUUGAACAGAUGUACAACCAGAUGACAGUCGCACCAGCUCAUAGCAGUCAGAGCACUGGGGCUACCACCCAGAGAGCAGAGAGCACUCUGUCCAAACGAGAGGAGCUCGAAAUGAAGGUAGUACAUUCUGACCCCGGGAUAAAGGAAAGAACCAUCACAGACAUCAGAAGCAUCUCGAGCAUCGACAGCUUCACAAGCUGUGCCACCGAUGUUAGCGAGGUUGAGAAAACUGCCCUGCUCUCCAGUGCUGGAGGAACACAGACGAGACACCCCAGAGCUCCUCCUCCUCCUCUGGACCUCAGUCAGAUCACCUCCCUGGACACACGGGCAUCUGAGAAAGCCAAGCGGCCCGCCAUCCUCAAGGAGGGCCUUUACGAGUUUGUUCAGUGCAGCCCAAAGUGUAGCUCCCUUUCUCAAGGGGAGGAGAAUCAAAGUUUUGAUCUGAGCGGUGAAAACCUUACAAGCUCCCUGAGAAGCAACAACCCAGUGAAGGCAAAAGGUCUGAAGGUCAAUUUCACGGAGUCCUCUGAGGAAGGUGCCUCCAAUCUGCACUUAGUGGUGACAGAUGACUCUGCCGCUCUGCCCCCACAGCCUGUCAGCGCCGGCCUGAAAGAGGAAAAUCCUCAGCCGGCGUACCGACCGACCCAUUCACCUGAUCCUCUACGGCUGGGGAGUUCACCACGGCACAGCCCAAGAUCCCCAGGGAAAAGGUUUGAGAGGGAAGGGUCAACCAGUUCAGUGGGCAUGGGCCCGUCUCCUACCGAAAGACAAAGGGGGAGAAACCAUGUCGACAGUGUGGCUCCUGCCACGCCCACUUCUCCUAAAGUAGCUGCCAUGAACUGUGCCCCAGGGGCAAGUGGUUCUGGGGUUGAAGGCACUGCAGAUAACAGUCAGAGUGGACAGAAGGUGGACAACCAUCUUCUUUCUCCAGAUAUUCACAAAUCGUCUGGGGAGGGAAGCUUGUCCCCACCAUGCGAAACUAGCAUGUGA